AAAAAAGGAAAAUAUGCAUCUCUCUACUGCAGUGGUCUAUCUUCUGGCCCCCACUUUCGGCCAGCUAAUUCCACACAGUCUAUCUGUUCCCCCGAAUAAAGAGAAAGGCAAGAAAUACACUGUUUGCGAGACGGAAGUAUGCGAGGAGAGAGCAAAACUGCUCAAUGCAAGCAUCAACGAAAGUUUGGAUCCUUGCGAAGACUUCUUUGGCUUUGUUUGUGACGGCUGGAACAGAGUUCACCCUAUUCCAGACGCUGAUACAUCGUUUGGAACAAUUGAACUUGCAGCGCAAAACGUGCGCAAUGAACUAAAAGAAAUAAUUGAAAACAUAACUGACAACACUGAACCCUACAAUGUGAGAAAGAUGGCUGCAACUGUAUACAAGGCAUGCAUGUGUGAAGAAUUCACAGAAGAUCAGCUCCUACAGAUGGUCAAGGACGAUCUUUCUCGUAGCGGAUUUCCUACAUGGCCGAUACUGAGACCAUCAGAACUUCCUUAUAGAAACUACACGGAGUUUCUCAUGAGGACAUCUUUAUCGCCAUUCUUCUUUAUUAAUGUCGCCCAAGACCUUAACGAUACAACGCGCUACAUCAUUGAGUUGGAUGAGAUACCAUUACCCGUUUUGGGCGAAGAACAACUGCUUAAUCCGAAUGCGACAGAUUACAACCGACGGAUUGUACAGGCAUACAUACAUCUCAUUGCCACAGCUGUAAAGGUACUACACCCAAAUGUAACUGUGUACGAUGCUGACAUGGUUGCUGAAAAAAUUUUCGUAUUUGAGGCAUGGCUUGCUUCGAUGACAGGGCAUCCGGACGACAAACAAGACCUUAAGGACAUUUACGAAACGUUCACUAUUGGAGAACUGGAAAAAAAAGUGCCUAACAUUCCACUUCUACAUGGCUUGAACAAAGUGUUCUCGGUAGCAAACAUCACAUUAAACGAGACAGAGCAAGUCGCUAUGUUUGGGAUGCCUUACUUCAAAAAGGUCAACGAUUUUUUUGAGUGCAUAUAUGACCUGACGGACAUGUACAAUCUUGCUGGGUGGAGAUGCACCUUCCGGCUGCUUUUGCAUACGUCGAAGCAAUUCGCAGCUGCUUGGCAAGCGUAUCUACAAGUUACGUAUGGUGUCCAAAAAGCGAAGCCGCAUUGGCAGUAUUGCCUUGAAAAUGUCGUCCGCACGAUGCCUUUCGUGAUUGGCGGAAUGUACGUCGAGAGGAACUUCAACGUCACAGCCAAAAAUGACGUCGAAACGAUGAUAGAAAGAAUAAAGACGACCUUCAAGGACUCGCUUUCAUCAAGACCCUGGAUGGACAACAGCACAAAAGAAACAGCACUGAAGAAGCUCAUAAAAAUGACAAACAAAAUCGGAUUUCCUCCAUGGAUUCUAAACGGUACCGUUAUUGAACAUCAAUUUCGAUACGUUCCUCAUUUCAACUUAAGCGACCCCUUUUUUAAAAUUAAAUCACAUUUCCGAGACAAUGCUGCCAUCAGAACGCUGCUAUUACUACGAAAGACGCCCGAUAAGAAAAACAACUGGAUCACUGGACCUGCCGUCGUAAACGCGUUCUACAGUCCUGGGACGAAUGAAAUGGUUUUCCCCGCCGGAAUACUUCGAGACUCCUUUUACCAGCAUGGACUACCGGAAUCGGUCAACUACGGGGCGAUUGGCACCAUCAUCGGGCACGAAAUGAUUCAUGGCUUCGACGACUUAGGUAAACAGUUCGAUGAGGACGGACGGUUGAGAAACUGGUGGAGCAAUUCGACGCAAAAGAAGUUCGACGCGAAGUCAGAAUGUUUUAUUCGCCAAUACAGCUCUGUGUUCAGCGAACUGGCCAACAGAACGGUGGACUCCCCCGUCCAGACGUGA